GUCGUCUAUAACGGAUAAGCUAACGGUAACCCAGACGAAUAUAGACGGGUUAUCAAGUUACAAAAUUUACCUAAAAAUUAUCGAAGCGUAGCCCAGUCAGGGUUAUGUCUAAACUUAAACGAUUUUGGAAUUAUUGACAAGUCAAAACCAACGGAACUUUCGGAGAGUUAAGACCACAGUUUGCAUGUGACAAAAAAAAAUACUUAAUAAAAUAAGCCAAAAUGGAUUUAAUACAGAAGUGGCUAACAUUUGCACACUGAUAACAAAAAAAAUUGUCCAACAAGAUGGAAACUAAAGUCAUGCGACACAUCCCUACAGAAGAACCAUUUCGGAAAACAUGGAGUGCUCCAGCAACGAUAAUAUCCGAGGAGGACCUAAUACAAGCGGAAAUGAGUGAUAAUACUGACGGAGACCAAAUCAUUCCAAAUGAAUCAAACUCAAAGAUUGAAACUGUGAAAAGUGUGAACCCUCAAAUGCCAGAUAUAAGAAUACAUUCCGAUAAGCCUGAAUUCCAAACUCAAAAUCAAACACAUUCCCCGGAAGUGACGUUUAGAACUCCGCAGAAAGUGCAAAGUGAAUAUUCGAAACGAUUACAAACUCUGAAUUCUGAAGUUCACAGAUCGAACUCUAGUUCUUUACUUUGUGAUAAAUCGGACUGGAUGCUAGCAGAAAGAUCACAUUCAAGGUCACCGCCGUCACCAGCAAUUAUCUCAAGGUCACCCGACCUUAGGUCAAGGUCACCUAUGAUUCCAAUAUCUCCUGCAGUGCAUACGAACUCAAAUAUUUUUAAUUUCUCACCUGAAAGAACGGAAAUGUAUAGAGCUGAGCUAGAAUCCGAAUCAAGACGAGUCAAGAAAAGACUGUUCGAGGAAAUGGCAAUGGGUCCGCAAGUACCUGUUUCUUGUGAAAACCUUACAUCCGGGUACCUCACCAGUCAUCCAUCACCAUCACAUCGUCAUAGAGAUCCUUAUCUGUCUCCAAGGCAACUGUCGGCACGUGAAAUUUUGACACGUGACGAUCAAGAACAAGAAAUACCUCACUACCUCAGAUCUCCGUCAUGUAGGAACUUGAGUUCAACGUUGUAUGAGCAUGAGCGAUUUAGAGCCAAGCGUCGUCUUGACGUUGACGAAGAGUACGUCUCUACACCAAAGAGAUUAAAAUACGAUCUAGAAAGAGAAAUGGGAUAUCGCUACCUCCAGCAAUUAGAAUCUGAUAUUACAAUGGUGAGAAACAAACUAAGUAAUCCGGAAACGGAGUUUAAGAAACCUAGUAACUGCACAUGCGCAAUCAUGGAAAGACAGUUCUUAGAAAUGGCGGAAAGUGCGUACAGAUCAGUUCGGAGAAUUGACGCUUCUCCUCGGGGAUUUGAACAAUUCAGACGAGAGUUAAUUCAAACCAACGAAGUGAUGAAAGAUUCUAUGGACGUUUUGAAGAACAUCCGGGCGUUUUGCGAGCACAAGUGCUAGAAAACAACGAUCAUUUGCUCAUCGACAUUUCAUCGAAUUCCAAACUAUUUAUUACUAUUUAUUCACAAUGCAGUGUCUAAGUAUUAUAGUUCAAUUUCCGUCCAGGUUAUACAACGAAAAAACAAUGUCUAUGUACAAACGACGACUAUAUGUAUAUACAUGAAAGGGAGAUAAUCGUGUAGAGACGUAACGAUUUUUUUUUACCAAAAUGACGUCACAAAGUGACAAAAAACUGUACCAUUUUACUGUGAUUUAAACUGUGAUGUUUUCUUACAGAAACACAGGGACAAAAUACUAAAACUUUAUUUACAUGUUUUUUACCUCUAGUAUUCAGAUGGUUGUAAAGUUUUUUUUAUGUUAUAAGACAAAAAUGUUAAAACAUUUCACACCUUAAAGUGUUCUACAAAGAAGUAAUGUGUUCAGAAUCUGUCCGUUGUUAAAUAUGUUUCUAAGGUUAUAAAACAAGAGUUUCGGAACCAGGCUCCGAACGCAAGCUUACCAUUGGUCAAUAGUUAAGACUGCUCUGCGAAACAACCAGUCAGAAGCUCAUGUUCUGAGACUGUUCUCUUUAUAAUCUCGGACCCAAAACUUCAGUCUGACUUGAGGUUUCGAGAAUAUAAACGGACUAACAUAGUGUUCAGACAAGAGUUCUCUCUCUUGUCCUUGUUUGGUUUAGUGUUCUUUUGAUUUUUUUUCUGGGUUAGUAUUCCUUUGAAUUCACGUAACUGUUUUACAUUAGUAAUCCACUUUUUAACCAGUUUAGUACAUUAGUACAUAUAACCAGAGAUUUGAAGAGAUUUGCUAGCAAAUUAGAUUUGGCGUGUUUAGUCACUGUUAGAUUUUUGAAAACUGUUUUUCCCCUUUUUCCCUGAUUUUCCCUCUGCUGUGAUUUUUCCCCAUUUUUGUGUUAACCUAUACACUAUUAACAUUCCUUUUAGCAUAUUUAUUUUCUUAAAUUAUUAUUGUUUAUAAAUUAUUUAUUAUUUAUUAGUUAUAAAAUGAUUUACUUGUAUUUGAAAUGUAACUGACAAAGCGGGAUUUAUCAGAAGAUUAACAAGAAUUGCAAUUGUUAUCUCACGUGUUUCACGUGAGCAGCAAAUCUGUCAAGGACAGUAGGUCAAACAAAAUACCAGGAUCGCUUAAUGAUAAAUUCAAACAUUACAAACGUACAUACCCAAUUUAGAAAAAAGUAGUACUGGAGGAUAGGGGCGAGUUUCCCGGAGCCUACUUAGAAUAAAGUUGGAGCUUAGGGAUAAGGUGUUUUACGAACAUCAUUUUCAGCAGAUUCAUCCUAACUAUUGGACUAUUCUUAGAAACAUAAGCCCAACAAAAAUAAGACAGAUCUGCCUAAAAAUGAAUUAACGACAUCUUUUUAAAAGGAUACAAGUUAGAUCCUAUGAAAUAAAUGUUUUGUAAAAGGUCUCACUUAGGAGAUAUACUUAUUAACUUUUGUGAAACGGGCCCCAGUACUCUAUUUUCAAGUAAAUGUCAAAUACCGUCUUAAAGUUAUAACAAAAAAAUGAAUGGAGACAAGUGGAGCACAAGUUUAAAUCUCUGGAAAAAAACAUAAUUCUGUCAGUUCCAUUUCAAAUACGGCUGUUAGAUGCUAUUUGCAGUUUGCAGUUACCACAGAAAAAAUAGUUAUAGUUAAAUAAUAUAGUAAAGGUUUUGUAUCCAGUUAGUAUAACCAAAGUUAAAUGUAGAAAAUUAGCGAGUUAAAUAAGUGUAUUCAAAUUUGACUACAAAAUUCGACCAGCGUCCACUCGGAUUUGAUCGGAUUUUGUCGUUAAUUUACGAUGCAUUUAACUUUUUUGUUUUUCGUUUGAAACGAAACGAUUACAUCCCUUAUCCUUACCGUCCAAGGACCCUUAUUUAUCCUCUGUGUGUACAUGCGUCUGUCUGUCUGUCUGUCUGUCGGUUUGUUUGAUUGUUGAUUAUUUGUUUUAUUUAAAGUAUUUAUAAGUUUAUUAUCCUGUCUCGAUUUGUGAGAAAGAUUACCUGAUUUUAAAAUUUGAUAAAUUUUACAAAAUAAAUGAAAGAAAAGAUAUGAAAACAAUA